UACUGCAUAACACGUUAAAUCAAACGAAAUUUUAAAUCUUACCUGUGACAGUUUGUGUAACUGUAAAGUAGCAAGAAAAAAUUUACAAUUUCAUAAAAUAAUUCUAGAAAUAAUAAUACAUUUUAAUAUCAUUUGUGAACGUAAUUGUUGCAAUAAUCGAAUUUAUAAAUAUCACAAUUAAAUAAUCAAGAUUUGAAUUUCUAAUUCCAAUAGAAUUAAUUUAACCUAUGCGCGAGGUUCAUCAUUUAAAUUGUUUCCAACGAUAUUUUCAAUAACUGACAGUGACAUGCGAACUAUUAAGCAUUAUAGUGAAGUACAUUUAUCGUUUUGCAAUAUUUUUAUACUCUUUAUAUCUUGAAAUAUUAAUAUUUGUCUAUAAUAUAAGAAAUGGAAUUACCAUUAAGGCUAGUAGUACAAAAAAAUGAUACAAUUUACGACGAUAUUAUGUUAACUUGGAAUUAUGCGACUAAAUUUAAAAAUCAAAUUAACGAAAAUGAAGUUCUAUUAAAUCCCGAUAUUUCUAAUCAAAAGUCGCAGCGCAAAACCAUAUUAGUUCUCUUAAAUCUUAAAGGAUUUAAUGCUUAUUUGGCCUCAUUGUAUGUUCAUUAUUUGAUAAAAUCUGAUAUUUAUCGUAAAGCUGCGUUACAGGUUUUAUUGGAACGUUUCUCUUUAAUGACACAUAAUCAAGACUGCAUAUACUUAUUUUUAAUGAAAUUACGUACACCGAAAAAGCAAUUUUUAGAUUAUAAAUGGAAUGAUAGAAUAAACAUAUUGGUACUAGAAGCAAGAGAAAUAGAUUUUGCUAUGUCAUGGUUAUCUACGCUAGGAGGAGCAUUUUCUUCAUUAGGCGAAAAAUCUCAACAUUGUGCUCAGGUGGCAGGAAAUAUUUCGAUAAAACAAUAUCAAUUAGCGAUGCGUCUUGGAAAUCCUCUUCUAGUCGCUCGUUGUAAAUUAUACACAGCCUUAAGUUUAAUACAGCAAGGUUAUUUCAAAAUUCCGAUACGUGUGAUAAGAAAUGUAUACAAACUUGCGAUGGAUCAGAACGAUACGCGUCUGCAAAACAUGUGCCAGGGUAUCUGGACAAAACUUCAGUACUGUUAUAAGCAAAAAAAAUUGAAAUCUAAGAAUCAUUGACAUCUUGUAACUUUAUUAAAAUGUAUAUAUAUAUAUAUAUAUAGGAUAGGUUAAAAAUUUUAUAUAUAUAUAUAUAUAUAUGAGACGUAUAGAUAAUAAUGCUAUGAAAAUUUUAAAUAGUACAUAUAUAUAUGAUAUACAUACAUGAUAUUUGUAAAU